CCCGUGUGCAGCUGAGAUAGGCUCCAGCAUCCCCCGCGUCCCUGAACAGGACAAGCGGUAGAAAAUGGAUGGAUGGAAUGUGAGUGUGAAUGGUUAUCUGUCUAUCUGUGUUGGUCCUGCUUGUCCAGGGUGUACCCUGCCUUCCGCCCGAGUGCAGCUGGGGUAGGCUCCAGUAAAUCCGGCGACCCUGAGAGGGACAAGCGGUAGAAAAAGGAUGGUGGAUGAAUGGCUUUAAAGAGAUGACGGCCUCUACUCCAAGGACGGUGUUGUCGCUGUACAUGCGGGUCUUUCGCGUCGCACGGACCUGGCAAGCGCACAGUGGAGUGGCGAGUGACACGCUGGCCGAGAGAAAAUAUAUACUUCAGGAGGCGCGCACUUUGUUCAGACAGAACCAGCACGUGAUGGAUCAAGAAACCAUAAAAAGCUGCAUUAAGGAAUGUGAAGCUCGGAUAGAAAUAGGUCUACAUUACAAGAAUCCAUACCCGAGAGCGACAUACCUCCCACCAAUGGGUCUGGCCACUCUGAAAGGCAGGAAGCUGCGAACACAGCAGCGCCUGAGGAAGCAGGCCAAGCCAAUUUACUUACAGUCACACGACGAGACCUGAUACCCUUCCAUCCACGCCGAGUCUUCCAGUUACCAAAGCAAAGGAAAAGCUAGAAUGCCAUCACAAGAUGGUCCAAUGGGGUUAAUGUGUCGCUGGCACCCACUGACCACUCUUUAUAAAGACACUUUUAUAUGAUCGUUUUGUUAUUAUAUAAACAUGUUUCUGUUUAAAACCAUGUCUAGGCAAAAUCUUUGUUUAUUUGUAUUUUUUUAUUUUAAGAAAACGAUAUCAAUCUGCAAAGCAGAUAAAUUGUAUUAAAAAGUUACGGGAAAAAUAGGCAAAUGGGUGGCUUUUAAUGUGUUAUGGAUGACUGAAAGGAAAAAAAAAAGUACUCGGGGUAACACGUUCAAAGCAUGAGAAUACAGUUGAAAUAUUACAAGAAUAAAGAUGUAACUUGGCCUGAAAAAAUAGAAUGAAGUCACCUUAUUACGCUAGAGAAACUAGUUUUACAACAAUGAAGUCAAUAUAUGAGCAUAAAUGUGUGCCUGAGUUGUGAAAUCACAACUUCAUUCAUACUUUACAAAUUAAUUAUUGUAGUAUUAACUUUUGUUUGGCAAUGUGUUUUAUCCUCACAAUGUUACAAGUCUGAAACUGUCAUGUAAUUUUUUUCACCACCUUAAUAGUUGUUUGUAUUGUGCUUUAUAUUUAAAAAAGUUACACAUUGCAGAUUCUUUACAAGAAAUGUUUGCAUAACAUGCACUGGAGCCCUGUUUCAGUUAUCGAAGCAGAAUAAAACAUGCUAAAACAAUAUUUG